CUGACGUUACUUGAUAUCUUAUCUCCACAAGUCAGCCUUAAUUCCGUCUUGUCAAUAGGCAUAGUACACUACGAACAGUUUAGUGGACAGACAUGACUAAAUUACCAGAAUUGUUAGUAGUUGCGUCUCUCCUCGCUGGCAACAUCUCGGGUUUUCUCGUUGACUACGCGAAUGUUCUAGAUGGACCGAUGGACUUUUCCUGUAAAGGGAACUCAUCUUUAACCCAGUUAGCUAGUCACCAUGACAACAGAGCCGAAGACAGAGUAUGGUCGUUUGGUUGCCAGCCGUCACGGGAUGAGGUCAUGAACUGCGUUUGGUCAGGCUAUGUAAAUGACUUCGACAAACCUGUGCUGUAUGAGUGCUCCGGAGACGAAUUCAUCAACGGUUUCCGCAGUAUCCAUAAUAACGGACCUGAAGACAGACGUUGGGCCUUCCAAUGUUGUGCCCUCCGAGGCCACCGGAGAGACAAAUGUCACUUCACCGGAUAUGUCAACCAAUACGACGGACCGCUUUCAUAUAACGUUCCCGACGAACAACUUAUUCACGGAAUAAACAGUAUCCAUGACAACGGUUCUGAAGACCGCAUAUUUGCCUUUGAAGUUUGCCACUUUGUGGAAGGAGGACUUAAAAAGUAGAAAUGUAGUCCACUAUUACUUUGGGAACGCAAUAACAUGACACGUGCCAUAUUUGUACGCAUACUCCUCAUUAAAUAUGUGUUUAAAACACACACAAAAUAU